ACUUUCAACUCAUGCAGUCUGUGCGACAGAAACCAAGACUCGUACUGCUCUAUGAAAAAUAGUAGAAGGGCUGUGGGAUGUUAUGAGCCAUGCGAAGUAUCACUGCAAUGGCAUUGGUAGCAUCUCCCGUGACUCCAGCACCCACUGCGCCGCCGCGACAUCUAUAUACACCUCCGUGGACGUUUACAUUAUCUCGGCCCGAGGUUUUCUCUGGGAACGUGCCGCUAAGUAUCUCAGCCAUUCGCCGUCGACUAAGUAUAGGUCGGGCAAGAUGACGAGUGCAACGUGAGUUCUAGUCGCUCAUCAUAUCGAUCUGACAUGGCGACCUCCACGAAACCCAAGGUGAUCGUCGUGGGUGCUGGGAUCUUCGGGCUAAGCACGGCCUACUACCUUGCUGAAGAUGGCUACGAAAUCACAAUCUUUGACCAGCAUCCGUACGAUCGGGGCGACGGCUACAAGCUGAAUCCUGGGUCUACAGCAGCCUCAGUCGACGAGAACAAGAUCUUCAGAGCUUCGUACGGAGACGAGCUCUACUACCAGCGGCUCGCUUACGAGGCGCGAGAGGUAUGGAAGCAAUGGAAUGAGGAGCUGGGUCCAGGGAAAGAGCUGUUCGUCGAGUCGGCGAUGCUGCGGGUCCAACACUCGAGCCACCUCGACGAGCUCGAGAAGAAGACGCUCGCGAAUAUGACCGCGGAGGGCCUACGCGACACGCAGUACAUUCUCUCCAGCGACGACGAUGUCCAGCGCGCGACUGGGAGAGGGUGGGCACACAAGAUGCUGAAGUUUGCUAUUCCGAAGACCGACGGCCAGGAAACGUUCGAGGCCGUGUUGGAUACGACUGCUGGCUAUGUAUACCCGAGCCAGGCAUGCGCGUAUCUCGCGGGAAAGCUGCGGAAGAAGGGGGCGCGAUUCAUUGAGGGCUCCGCAAAAGGCGAGUUUGCUUCGCUUCGGGUGGAAGGCUCAGGAGAAUUGAGGCGAGUCACGGGCAUCCGGACAAAGGACGGGGAGGAACACUCGGCGGACCUCGUUAUCAUGGCCUGUGGCUCGGCGACGCCCAUGCUCGUACCAGAAGUGAGGCGAGUCCUCGAGGCCACAGCAGGGAGCGUGGUCACCGUUCGCUUGCCCCCUCGCGAGGAAGCACCAGAACUGUGGGAUAAGUACGCACACGACAACUGGCCUGUUAUCAUAGGCCACGAUCCGGACCCCACUGGCAAGACUGUUGGCAGCCGAAGUAUUUACUCGUUCCCUCGAACUGAGGAUGGUCUCGUCAAGAUCGGAUACCGUGUCACCAAGUACACGAACUACGUCAAGCUCCCAGGUUCCGACCGUCCGAUCUCCGUACCGCUCCAGCCUGAGGUGGACGAUACCUCAUUACCGAUCAAGUCUGUCGAGGGCAUCAAGACGUUCGUUUCGACGUUCCUUCCCGACCUAGCGCCACUGCCUAUCACCGCGACUAGACUCUGCUUCUACACCGACACCGUCGAUAACUCCUGGCUAAUCGACUACCUUCCCGGGUACAACGACACUCUCUUCAUCUGUACUGGUGGAAGCGGACACGGUGCCAAGUUCACGCCUAUCCUCGGAAAGCAUGUACGCGAUGUCAUUCAGAAGAAGCCCAAAACAGAGCUCACGCACCAUUGGCGGUGGCGCCCGGAGCUACCCCUUGGAAAUGGGUUGGAGGAGGGACCAGAUGGGCCCAGGACCCUCGACAAACAGAAGCGAGCUUCACCAGAAGAUCUACGUCGCGCGGGAUGGUUCGCUGGGUCCCAUCUGUGAUAUUAUCGAUCCUCGUACCUGUACCAUAUACAAGGGAUGAAACGCACAUAUUACUUAUGUCGGACGUAGCAAUGCAGCAAUAUCAAUGUCGGCGUAGAUGUUGGUAUGCAUAGUAAGUCACUGGUAGUCUAGUACACUGAGACUUGUAACAUAACUCUGAAUGUAACUUGAGUAGACAGUAUAUGCAGGAGCAUAGUGUAGGAUGGGCAUUGUUCGAUGGGUAACAAUUGCUCAUUAUCUUCAA